AUGGAGUACGAAAAACACUUCAUUCCUCUGGAAUCCGAUCCUCAAAUCUUCACGAAUUUGAUGCACAACAUGGGUAUUCCUCAGAUUUUCAAAUUUAUUAAUAUUUGGUCUCUGGAAGCAGAUCAACUGGAUAACAUUCGUUUUGGUAUCCAAAAUCCCGUCGAAGCCUUGAUCCUUAUAUUACCUAACUACCCUGCGUAUGCAGAGCAGAGAAUCGAACACAGCAUUCCCAAAGAAGGCAUCCUCUGGCUGAAACAGACUAUAAACAAUACCUGCGGUCUUAUGCUAUAUUGCAUUGCGUUUGCAACACUUUAG